GCAACCCCAGGUUGCCCCCAUGGCCUCCGUCCUUUUAAUUCCUUCACCCGCCUGGUCCCCUCCAGCAAUGUUUUCACUGGCCGCCAAAGCAGGCCUGGGAAUAACUUUUUCAAGAUGCUGAGCCUGAAUUCAGAAGGGGAAAGUUGUUGUCGUUUUGUGUUUUUUAUUCUUCCUUCUCUCCAGUGCCAGAGAAAGGCUGGAUGGAGCUGGCAUGAUUUCCGGAGAAUCUGGCCCGCGACGCCGAUGAAUUCCUAACUUUGGAAGUCCUCAUUUCUGGCUUUCCGAAGCACUUCGUUUCCGCCAUGACGUUCGCCGAGCUCCUGGAUCAGAUCGGGGGCAUGGGCCGCUUCCAGAUCCUGCAAGUCACCUUGCUGGUGAUCCCGAUUUUAUUAACGGCCACCCAUAAUCUGCUCCAGAAUUUUUCAGCCGGGAUACCCGACCACCAUUGCCGGGUCAGGCUAGUGCACAACAACGGCACCGAUGCCCGUCCCAACCGGACUCAAAUGCCAACUGGCGAGGAAGACCUCUGGGGGAUUCCCAAAGAUGCCAGCGGGCAACCCGAGAAAUGCCUCCGGUUUGUGGCCCCCGAGGGGCCUCCACUGAAUGCCAGCGCCGAAGUUGGUGGCAACGGCACGGGCACGGCGACCGAACCGUGCAAGGAUGGAUGGGUUUAUGACCGAAGCAUCUUCGCAAACACCAUCAUUAUGGAGUGGGACCUGGUUUGCAACCGGAAGACGCGGAGACAGAUGGCCCAGUCCAUUUACAUGGGAGGAGUUCUUGCUGGUGCUCUUAUACUUGGGAGCUUAGCAGACAGGUUCGGCCGCAAAGCAAUCUUAACUUGGUCCUACCUCCAGAUGGCUGUUUCGGGGGUGUGCACGGCUUUUGCUCCCAAUUAUGCAGCCUACUGUGCCUUCCGAUUCCUGGUUGGCAUGGCGCUCUCUGGCAUUGUCCUCAACUGCAUGUCUUUAGUCCUGGAAUGGGUACCCACCAACACCCGCACCAUUGCUGGCACACUGGUGGGGUAUUCUGCCACCUUUGGGCAAAUCAUCCUUCCUGGUCUGGCAUACGCGCUUCCAGAUUGGCGCCAGUUACAAUUCACCGCAUCCAUGCCGUUCUUCAUUUUCUUCAUAUACUCGUGGUGGUUUGCAGAAUCGGCCCGGUGGCUGGUGCUGUCCGGUAAAGCAGAACAGGCAGUCGACGUGUUGAAGAAGGUGGCUCAGCUGAAUGGGAAGAAAGACGAAGGAGAAAAACUCAGCACCGAGGUCUUGAAAUCCAGCAUGCAGAAGGAAAUGACGUUGGCCCAGUCGUCCUACACCUUCGCCUCCUUGGCCCGGACGCCCACGGUACGCCGGAUCUCCUGCUGCAUUUCCAGCGUGUGGUUUGCAACCAGUUUCGCUUACUACGGCCUGGCGAUGGACCUCCAACAUUUCGGCUUCAGCAUCUACCUCAUCCAGGUGGCCUUUGGUACUAUUGAUAUCCCUGCCAAGCUGGGCUCGGCCAUCGGCAUGAGUUACAUCGGAAGGAGGGCCACACAGGCUUCAUCUGUUAUCUUGGCCGGGCUGGCCAUUUUGGUCAAUAUCUUGGUACCCUCAGAUUUACGGACACUGAGAACGUUUUUGGCUGUGCUUGGCAAGGGAUGCCUCGCGUCUUCUUUCAACUGUCUGUACCUGUACACGGGAGAACUGUACCCCACAGUGAUCAGACAAACCGGGAUGGGGCUCGGGAGCACCCUGGCCCGUGUGGGUGGCAUUGUGGCACCCAUGAUCAAAAUGACGGGUGAACAUUGUUCCUAUCUUCCAUCACUCAUCUACGGGACGGCCCCCAUCCUCUCGGGUAUUGCCGCCGUCUUCCUGCCCGAGACCCUCAACGUGCCGCUUCCUGAUACUAUAGACGAGGUGGAAGGGAGAAUAACCCCGGAGAGACAGUCCCUUACCCGUCAGAGCCAAGAACCAGUUUUGCUCCAGAAAUUGGAGCAAAAGAAAACCCUGGAUGGCGAAAUUUGCUAAAAUGGGGAAAACAAGGAAUCAGAACUUACUGCAAGUUCAUUAGAUGUGUUUAAUUGUCUUAUUUUUUUUUUGCCUUUGGGUGGGAGGUUGGAUUUCCAGAUUUAAAAAAAAAUCAACCAAAUAAAUGAAUAAGAAUUGUUGAAAAUUGUAGUCAUGCCUCUCUGAUAUUUUGACGACUGGACUAAGUCCCAUCUCUAAGAAUGUGCUAAUAUGCAAGUAGUCCGCAACAUACAAAUCAUUCAUUUAGUGACAUUUCAAAGUUAUACAGGUGUUUUCUUGACUUAUAGCCAUAGUUGGGACUCAAUUCGCACUAAAAUAUGAUUUUAGAAUUCUGAACGAACGACCACCUUUUGCGAUCACCUCAUAACAAAGGGAAGUCAAGGGGGAAGCCUGAUUCACUUAACAACCGGGCUAAGAAAAUCCAUAAAAUGGGGCGAAACUCACUUAACAAAUAUCUCACUUAACAGAAACGUUGGGCUCGAUUCGAGGAUUAUUUGUAACAUUUUUAGAAAGUGAAAAUAUCAAGGUUGCCCAAGCUUUUGCAAUCAAUAUUGGAAUAAUGCAUCUCCUAAAUAUCACUCUUAACAGCCCCCCCCCCCCCACAACCUCCCACCCCAGUGUUGCCAAUCCCCUCUUCCAAACCCAGACUGGCUGAAGAGGAUCUCUCUGGCUUGGCCAGCUUUAAACAAACUGGACAAUAAACAAUAUUGCCUGUUCCCUUAUAGCAGCCGCAUGUUAGAGACAACCUUGAUCUGAGCUCUGUGGCUCAACUGUUGCAGCUUAGAAGAAAAGAAUUAAAAUCCACAUCCAAUUGCUGGACCGACACCACAGGAGAAAAUAAAAGCAGUAUUUAUUCGCUAAUGCUUAUUACAGCCUUAAAAUAAAAUCAGGGAGGAGGGGAGGGAGCCAAAAUAUAUCUCAGCUUCUACUGCAAGAAUAAAAGAUGGGGUCGGAAGCAGUGUUCCCUCUAAGCUGCGCACCUGCGCGGCCGUGCACAUAACAAGAAAACACCGCGCACAAGUUUCAAACUGCA